AUGUCCGAUACUGACCAUAAACUGAAAGAUAGUGAUAUUGUUUAUGAUAAAGACGAUUACGUGUCUAAACCUUGGAAGGUUAAAGAUGGAACUGUUCCGAUAAAUAUUCUAAAGUUUGAUCAUUCAUUCGGAUAUAAUUGCCGAAAAUAUUUCAAUUUAUGUGUAGCAGAUCCCGAGACAGUAGUUUUUUCCUCUGGAAAUUUAAUUCAUUUCUUCAAUGUCAAGACGAAAAAACUAUCAUUUAGAAGAGGAUCUGGAGAAGGAAUUGGUUACAUUGCUAAAAAUCCAAAACUUGCUCAUAUAGCUGUAGGAGAACGUGGUUCCAAUCCUCCGAUUAUAAUUUACGAAUGGCUGACUUUAAAAAUCAUAACCAUCUUGAAAUCUGGUGCUGUCAAUGCAUUUUCUUACUUAACUUACAGUCCAAAUGGCGAGCUACUUAUUUCUCAAAGUGGAAAACCUGAUUUUCGGCUCACUAUUUGGGAAUGGAAAAAAGAAAUUAUUUUACUUCAAACCCAAUCCUAUACCCAAGAUGUUUUUAAUGUAAGAUUUUCUGAAUAUCUUACUAACCAUUUUGUCACUUGUGGUGUCAAACAUGUUAAGUUUUGGAGUAUGGAGCACACUUUUACUGGACUGAAGUUGGAAGAAAAAUUGGGAAGAUUUGGAAAUGUUCCAUUUUCAAACAUCAUCGGCGUUUAUUCAAUGCCUGAUGGAACAAUUCUUUCUGGGAGUGAUUGGGGAAACAUAUUGGUGUGGAAUGAAGGUUGUAUUGAGAUUGAAGUGAGAAGAAAAAGUAAAAAAUCCUGUCAUCGGGGAAUGAUAACUCAGUUUAAAUACUCGAAUGGAGAACUGAUGUCUGUUGGAGUUGAUGGAUGGAUCAGAGUGUGGUAUUAUGAUACUAUUGGUCAGGCAAACUCUUCACCAGAUGAUAGGUAUCUUGAAAUGGAGCCAAUUUACGAGUUUAGAAUAGGAGCAGAGUCAGAUGACGAUGAUCAAAAUCAAAAAAAGUAUCCCAUGUUAAUGGCGAUUGAAAAAAAGGAUCCAGAUGAUCUUGAAGAGACUUUUUGGUAUGCUCAGGAUGGAAAUGGUGGAUUAUGGUUGAUUGAUUUAUCAACAAACCAGCUGCAAAAGCCUUCAGAAAAAAUUUUUACUUGCCAUGCAGGAGCAAUAACUAAUACUUCUGUUUGUCCAUGGGGAAAUUAUAUUGUCUCUUGCGGAGAAGGAGGUCAUCUGAAUAUUUACAAUUAUUCAUCGAAGAAUUUAAUUGUUUCUCAUUAUUUUAAAGAAAUUUGUUGUCAAGUCAUUUGGCUUUCUUGUUCAAUAGAAUCAACAGGAUCAACAUUAAUUUGUGGAUUCCAAAGUGGAAUAGUCCGAGUAUUAGUGAUUGACAUCAACCAAGCUGAAAGCUCUAGUAACAAAAAAAAUAAAGAAGUUGAGUUUGAUGAAGAAAGUUCACAAAGAAAUAAUUUUGUCAGAUUGAUUUCAGCAGUAAAACCACAUAAAAGAGCUAUUACAGUGAUGAUUUUCAAUCAAGUCAACAGAUUAUUAGUCACUGGUAGUGAAGAUGCAACAGUGUUUUGCUUCUCUGUUGAUUCUAGUGCUAUUUAUCCUACUUUAACUCCUAUUGGGUUCAUAAGUCUUCCUGCAAGUAUUACUUGCAUUGCUUGGAAUCCUAGAAAUGAUGAGGAAAUAUUAAUUGGUUGCUCCAAAGGAUAUUUUGCGACAACAAAGCUUCCAGAUAAGCCUCAAGUUUAUACAACUGUCAGUUAUGAAUUGUCUCAAUGUUGUCCGAAUAUAUUUCAAUGUAAUUUAUCAGAAGAAGUAGCAGAAAAGGAUAAAAAGUCUUUUGAUCACACUAAUAAUAUUUUAACAAUAAAUUACUUUACUGAGAACAAAGUUUGGUUAACAAUGAGUGAUAACCAAGAUUCUAUCUAUGAAUACUCAUUAGAAAAUAAUUCUAAUAAUGAAAAAGAAGCUAUUUUAAAAUUAAAUCCUACCAAAAUUAAGGGUGUUGGAACAAAAGAUGAAGAAAUAACAAGUUGUUUAUUUUAUAACAUAACAAAAGAUGAUGAGAACAUAAAGUAUUUGAUAAUAGGAACAGAAAAAGGUAAAAUCCAAGUAUGUAAAAUAAAAGAUUGGGAUUCUAGUGAUUUAUCUGACUAUUGGAUUCUUCAAAUGCACGAUAACUUAAAUGGAAGUAUUACAAAAAUAUGUUUAAGUUAUGAUAAACAAUUUUUAUUUACUUCUGGGAAUGAUGGUAACAUUUUUUCGUAUUUAAUAAAUGAAGGAAAUUCUAGUGAAGUAAUUAAGAAUGAAAAUCCUGCGAGGUUGACUGUAUUACCUGAAAAUAUUGAAGAUAUUGAAGAUGAUGAUCAUCCAAGUUUAGAAGAAGUAAUAAGAAAAGCAGAACAGAAUAGAAUGGAAGCAGAAAUGAAAAGAAAGAAAGAAAAAACUCUAGAUACUCUUCGAAAUCUAAAUGAAGAAUAUCGUGAAAUUAUGAAUCGUAAUAGAAAAUUGCCUAAAUCUCAACAAAUACCGUUAGAAGAGUUUGAACUAGAUUCUAGAAUUACUGAGGAUUCAAACAAGCAGUUGAAGCAAGAAAUUGAUUCAGUUCACAAUCAAAUGGCAUUUCAAGUGGAAAAAAGUACAUUGACUCUCAAGAAACUUAUUGAUUAUUUCAUCAAACCUAUCACUUGUGUACCAUUUGCAGUUUGUAAAGUACUAAAACCGAGCUCAAUGGUCCAUUCUAUCAAAGUAAAGGCUUUAGAUGAUGAAUUCUAUGAUAUUUAUAACCAAGUUCACAAACAAAUUGAAGAAACGAAAUUAACUUCACUAGAUACUAGUGUGAAGUUAAAAAAAGAUGAAGCAAAAAUAGUUGAUAAAGAAGAAGAAACAGAAGAUGAAGACAAAGAAGACUAUAAAAUCCAAGAAGUAGAAAGCUUUCUGCGAGGUUUGAAUUCUGAUACAAUCAAACAUAAAUUAGGAGUCCAAAUUUAUCAAAUCCUGAGGAAAUAUCGUGAAAGAAAAGCUCAAAUGGAACAAAAAGCUAAAGAAUGGAAAGUGAUGUACGCCAGUAAACCUGAUCUUAAAGCUGAUCAUGAGGAGGACAUUGAAGCUAUUGAAGAAGCUAAAAGAACUAUUGGAGAUUAUAAAUUGAAAAUUGCUGAUAAUGUUAGCGGAGAUAUGGAAGCUAAACAAACAACUUUAUUAAAACAUCAACAGCUUCUAGAGUGCAAGAAAGAAAAUUACUUGUUAAAAGAACGUUUCAAUGAAAAACUUAAGCAAUUAAGAGAUAAUAAAUUAAAACUACAGAAAGAAGUGAUUAACUUAGUGGAAGAGUUAAACUCCAUUCAUGCAGAAAUUCCAGAUAAAUAUCAAAAACCUCUUCCCAAAGUUUUUGAUAUCAACUGGGAUGUUGAAUUCCCUGAAAAGAAUCUAGAGUUGGAGAAAUACAUUCCAAUGUCAGAAAAAAUCAAAGAAGCACGUCAACAAAAGCAAUUAUUAAUCCUAGAAGAGCCUGUGUUACAAAACUUGGCUUCAAUUGAUGAAGAAUAUGAAGUUUUGCUAUCAGACGAGACUGCUAUUGAUCUCCAUUGCAAGUUGCCUCGAUUCUUAUCCAACUAUCCAAUUCAUCAGACCAUCAUUGAUGUUCCUCAGAAUUUAAUUGAUUCCCUGAAUGCUAGUGAUAGGGUCCAAACUUCUUGGGAAGUUGAAAUGAAACUCGCUAGGAUGAUUAAGAAGAUUUAUCGGCAGGAGUGUAUUUUAAAUUAUAUUACUGACAAUUAUAAAUCUAUUGAUGAACAGCUAGAUGAAUUAGAAGAAGAAAGACUACAAAUUCAGGCAGAGGAAAUUUAUUCAGACCUAUUUCAGUGCACAUUGCAGCAAGAGUUGAUAAUUUUACGUAAUUUUGAGAUGAAGGAAAAUAUAUUGACUUUAAAAGUUAAAGAAGAUUUGGAGAAUCGCUCUGAAAUACAACGAAGGAUCAAUGAUCUAGCAGUAAAUCUGGAGCACAAAGUAAAGGAAAUAACACGACUAAAUGACAAAAUAAAGGAUCUAACAGUUCAGUUCAACAAUAUGGUGAAUGAUAAUAAAUUCACAGAAUUUCUCAAAAGAGUUUAUAAGAAGAAAUAUCGAGAAAUAAGAAUAAGUGAUGAAUUGAGUGAUUCAACAUCAUCAGAGUCAAUUGAUGAUAAAGAUGAUGAUGAAGAUGAUGAGGACGACUUGGAAGAUAAUUUCAGUGAUGAAGAUCAGAAUAUUAAAUUAGCAUACCUGGAUGACAACUAUUGUCCAGCUGGUUGUGAUGAAGAAUUAUUUAAAGCCACCAUUUCUAUGCGAAAGAAACGUCAUGAUUACGAAGCUAAAGUGAGAGACGAUCAGAAAAUUGUUGAAGGUUUGAAAAAAGAUAUUGAGCAAGAGCACAAGAGAUUGAAGAUGGUUGAAAGUACUUUGAAUGUCAGUCAAAGAGAAUUACAAGACUACAUGCGUGAGAAGCAAAAACAAUUAAAUAAUAUCGAUGUGACUGUCGUAUUGAAGCUACAUCAGUUACAACAUUUUAUCAAUGAAGAAACUUUGGCAAAAAUACAAGACUGUGUGGUAUUUGAUCAAAACCAAUUGUCUAAACUGUAUACAAGAGUUGGAGAGCUUCAACAAGAGACUCUAGAUCAGAAGACAAAGCAUGAAAAGAAUAAAAAUCAUCUUCACAGGCUAGAGUUGGACUGCAAAUACAUGGAAAGUGAAAUAAAAAGGCUGAAAACUGAAAUUAAAGACGAAAUGUCAAGGAAGUUUGGAAGAGAAAUUUCUUUGAUAAAAUUAUACGAAGCCGUUUUGAGAAGGAUGAUUUUUGAUAUCAGAGCUGACAUUACUGAUGAAACGAAAGUUUAUGAUAAACGAAUUAAUGAAGUGAAAGCUAAAUAUCAUCAACAAAUUCUAGUCCUUGAGAAUCUAAUUAAAGAAAAUACUGAGAAAUUGAAUAUCCUAACGACACUAGAAGAAGAACAACACAAACUUCGUAAAAUUCUUCGAAAAACUCCAGAGACAGUUGAUAAUAUUAUGAGGAUUAAAAACGACUAUGAAGAAGAUUUAAGAAAACUUGAAGAAAUACUUCAGCAUCAGAAGAACCAGAAAGAAUUAUUUAAAUAUGAAAUAAGAAACUUGAGAUUAAAAACACGUUCAUUACCACCAAUUUAUCCUCAAGGUAAAGUUUUUGACUUGCAUGAAGACAAAAUGACAGAUUUUGGUGAAUUACAUGAAAGAGAUUUCUAUGCAUCUCCAGAGAAUGAUGAAGAAAUAGGGAAGAAAGAUGAAUUAUUACCGAAAAUUAUUAAUAAAAGUAAUGACCAAAAUAUUUUGAAUUAUAAAAUGGACUUUGGGAUAUCAAAAGAUGAAGCUGAAGAAAUAAAUUGGAAUAUUGAGUUAAAAGUAGAAGAGUUAUUGGAUUUGUUAGGAAUCAAAGCUGAUCCAACUUUGAAAAUAAAUAUUAUUAAAUAUCUAAAGCAUGAAAAUGGAGUAAAAAUGGCUGUUGAUUCUAUUUCUACAAAAUUAUCAAGUUCUAGUAUUGAAAUCACAACAGCAUUAAAAGAUUAUGCGUUCCACGUGUUGAGAGAAUUAAAAAAAAAUAUAUCUUCAUCUUAAUCGAAAUGUGACCAACUUAAAUUUAUACAUAUUUAUAAUUUUUUUAUUCGCUAUGCAUCCCUAAGUUGAAUAAAAAUGUCAAGAAAUUGAUGAUUAAGUCCAA